AAGGCAUGCAACCACUCUACAUGCCCUGUCCCCAUCCACUGUUCCCUUUUCUCAACGAUUUUUUAGCAUUAACAUGCCUAUAUGUGAAUGAUCCAUAUUGCCUUUAGCCCUUUAUAUUGCAUAUAUUGGUCAUGCACAUUUGGCACUGCCACACCACUUGGGCUAAUGCAGCGGUUGUUUUCUUCUACCUCAUCAUCAUUCUUAUAUAUCUAAGUUACCAUGUCGAUCUGUUCCAAAAUAUAAGGGAUUUUGACGAUAUAUCUGAUAUAUAAUUAAUAGAUUCUCUCGCUAUGUGUAUAUAUAUAGCUAGGUAGCUGAGCAAGCAGCUGGUCAUCACGGAUCAAGAAGAAGAUUAGCUUAGCUAGCUAAAAAGUAAGUAGCCGUGCGAAGUCGCCGGCGGUGAUCAGCCGGCGAUGACGACGUACAGGGUGUGCUGCUUCCUGCGGCGGUUCAGGGCGGCGUCGAACGAGCCGUCGGAGGAGCUCGGCGACGUGUUCCAGGCGUACGCCGACGGCGGCGGCGGCGUGAUGGGGGAGGAGGCGCUGAGGCGGUUCCUCCGGGAGGUGCAGGGGGAGGCCGCCGGCGGCGGCGACGACGAGCUGGAGGCGACGGCGAGGGAGGUGAUGGCCUUCGCGGCGGAGCAGAGGCUGCUCAGGAAGGGCGGCGCCGCUGCCGCCGGCGGCGGGCUCACCGUCGAGGGCUUCCACCGCUGGCUGUGCAGCGACGCCAACGCUGCACUGGAUCCUCAGAAACGGGUAUAUCAAGACAUGGGAUUGCCUCUGUCACACUACUUCAUCUACACGGGGCACAACUCAUACCUGACGGGGAACCAGCUGAGCAGCGGGUGCAGCGAGGUGCCCAUCGUGAAGGCCCUCCACGACGGCGUCCGUGUCAUCGAGCUCGACCUCUGGCCCAACGCUGCCAAGGACGCCGUCGAGGUCCUCCACGGCAGGACGCUGACAUCGCCAGUGGGUCUGAUGAAAUGCCUUGAGGCCAUCAGGGAGUACGCGUUCGUCGCCUCCCCUUACCCCGUCAUCCUCACCCUCGAAGAUCACCUCACUCCCGACCUCCAAUCCAAAGUCGCCAAGAUGAUCAAGGAGACGUUCGGUGACAUGCUCUACGUCUCUGAAACUGAGAACAUGGCGGAAUUCCCUUCGCCGGACGAGCUCAAGGGGAAGAUCAUCGUGUCGACGAAGCCGCCCAAGGAGUACCUCCAGACCAAGAACGACGCCGACGCCGACGAGGCCGGCGUCUGGGGCGAGGAGAUCACCGACGACAAGGUGGCGGCGACGGCGAUGACGACAGAAGAGAAAUGCGCGGCGGCGGAGGAAGCAGUCGCCGCCGCCGCCGUCGACGAGGAGAUGCAGGAGGCCGAGACGGACAAGAAGACGCAGCACGGGGUGGACAACGAGUACAGGCGCCUCAUCGCCAUCCCUCUGACAAGAAGAAAGCACGACAUGGAUCAGGACCUCAAGGUCGAUCCCGACAUGGUGACGCGCCUCAGCCUCGGGGAGAAGGCCUACGAGAAGGCCAUUGUCACCCAUGGAGCUCACAUUAUCAGGUUUACGCAGAGGAAAUUGCUGAGGAUAUUCCCUCGGUCGACGCGCAUUACGUCUUCGAAUUAUAAUCCUUUGAUGGGUUGGAGGUAUGGAGUUCAGAUGGUUGCAGCAAACAUGCAGGGCCAUGGAAGAAAGCUGUGGCUGACUCAGGGGAUGUUCCGAGCAAACGGCGGUUGCGGUUACGUCAAAAAGCCUGAUAUUCUGAUGAACAACGAUCCAGAUAAACUGUUUGAUCCUACAUCCAAACUACCAGUAAAGACAAGACUAAAGGUGACGGUGUACAUGGGAGACGGAUGGCGAUUCGACUUCCGCAAGACACAUUUCGACAAAUGCUCACCCCCAGACUUCUAUGCAAGGGUGGGUAUAGCCGGAGUAGAAGCAGACACGAGGAUGGAGCAGACGAAGGUGAAGAUGGACACGUGGAUUCCGGCAUGGGAUCACGAGUUCGAGUUCCCGUUGAGCGUGCCGGAGCUGGCGCUGCUCCGGGUGGAGGUGCACGAGUCCGACAACCACCAGAAGGACGACUUCGGCGGGCAGACCUGCCUGCCGGUGUGGGAGCUCCGGCGAGGCAUCCGCUCCGUCAGGCUCUGCGACCACCGCGGCGAGCCCCUCCGCUCCGUCAAGCUCCUCAUGCGCUUCGACUUCACCUGACUACUCCAUCUUCUUCUUCAUCAUCGUCAUCGUCUUAGUAGUAGUAGUUCCAUGUAUGAUAUCAUGAGGGAUGAAGCAUUGAUCGUACUUUCUCCGUCCCGAAAUAUAGCAAUGUAGGAUUAGAUGGAAACAUCUUAAUACUACGAAUCUGGAUAUGUCCUAUCUGGUUCUGGUUUGCUAUGUUUUAGGACGAAUAUAGUACAUAAAAUUUUAGAAGUUUUGUUUUAAAAAAGAAUAAAUUUUGUGCGAAACGGAAGGUGUGAUUGUACAUUUUGUACGUACAUUGUUUGUUGUUGAUUAAUAAACGUGUUAAUAAAAGAGGGAAGGAUUCUUUUAA